CAUCGAUACUGCUUGUCAUGCAUUGUUUGCCAGGAUGAGCUAGGUGACGAUAUCGAAUAUUAUACGAAGGACGGAAAAAUUUACUGUGAGCGAGAUUACAAUGCACUUCGUCGUCGUGUUAUGUGCGCCGCAUGCGAUCGCCCUAUUGCAUCCAUUGAGCAAUCCAUCAAGGCUCUCGGUGGUGAAUACCAUGUUGGCCAUUUGAAGUGCUACCACUGCAAAAAGUCCGUCGAUAAAGAAACUACUGGAAUCGUUGAACAUAAAGGUCGUGUCUUCUGUAAGCGUGAUUUCCAAGAUCUCUAUUUACCAAAGUGCACUGGAUGCAAACGACCUGUCGAGAGAGAGGCGGUAUCUGCUGCCGAUGGAAAAUUGAAGGGCAAAUGGCAUAGAGAGUGCUUUGGCUGCCAUACCUGCCGUCGGCCAUUUCCGAACAACACAUUUUAUGUAUUUGAUAGUUUACCGUACUGCAAGCGCCACUACCAUCGACUCAACAACUCGCUAUGCCGGCAUUGCGAUGAACCUAUUGAGGGACCUUGUGCUCAGACUGCUGAAGGGUGGCGAUUCCAUCCACCGUGUUUCACUUGCCAGGCUUGUCACUGUUCUAUAACGGAUGUGUACUACAUGCUGGAUAACCAGAUCUUUUGUGAAAGAGAUAUUGGUCAUAUUCAACGCAAGAAGAAUAUGCGCGCGGAGAAGAGACGCACUCAAUUUGGCAGAGUGUAG